AAAGAAAGGAGAAAACCAAGUGCAUAUUCAUGGCGCGCCAUCUGCAUUAUGCAGCGGGCGAUUGGCGAAAAGAUAAACAGCAAUUGGCAGAAAUUUAGCGGAAAAUCGGAUUAACGAAUUAACAAUGAUGUGAUGUAAUACUUUCCUCCUCAAGCCAUGUGUCAACUUUACAUAAAAUUGCGACCAUUAGCUUUAGAGUUACGAUCGCUGUAGUGAAUCUAAACACGAAAUGCAGUUUUUCGAUUGUUUCGCGAAAACAAAAAUAGUGAAAACGCAUCAUAAAUUCAAAAAGAGCCUGCUGCGCAGUUACGAGAAGGUGAAGAAAUAAAUUCAGAUUGAUUGCGUAUGCUGGGAACGCAAAAAGACAUGAAGUGGGUUCCGUAUGAACUAACUGAGAAGAACAAAACUCACAAAGUUGACAUCUGCAUGCAAUGGCUAAUCCGUCAUAAGAAUAUGGAUUAUGUUCAUAUAAUUACUACAGGCGAUGAAAAAUGGAUCUUUAACGACAAUCCUAAACGAAGAAAACCACCGGUUAAUUCAGGACAACCAUUCGCAUUUCUUAUAAAGGUGAAAGUGUGCCACUGUGCGUUUAGUGGGAUUGGAAAGGAAUCAACUACCACUUCUUUCUUCAGGAAAGAAAACCAUUUAGGAGUAAAGGACCCCGAAAAUUGAUUUUGCUUAAUAACAAUGCUCGUUUGCUUGCAGCAAAAACAACCGGAGCUUGCUCCUGUGUUCGCCACUUGUUAAGAUGGAAGUAGUCAUAUUUAUUAGAUCAACCAUUCACAAAGGUUGAAGAUGUGCGAAAAUGUCUCGAAGAACAAUUCACCAUAUCGUUUCUACAGCGAAUGGAUCUGUAAAGUACCUUAUAAAAAGUAAAUCUUAGAUGGUGAUGGCGAAUGUUUCAAUUAGCAAAUAUAUUAAUUGCUUUAUUGACAAUCAGCAAUGGAUUCACCCAUUUUAUUAAGCAAAGAGCUACCGGACAUUGAAAACUUGCUUAAUUUAAAUCCUCGCGUUAAAACCCAAUGCACGGUUGUGCCUACAGCGCUUACAAAAAUUACUAAAAAACAUUGGAAACGUAACGACGAUCAUAGCGCCGCGGAUGGCCCACGACUUUGUAAUAAUUUUGAAGACAUCAAACGUACCACCUUAUCAGAGAGAGCAGCCUUAAGGGAGGCAGCUCGCUGCUUAAAAUGUGCGGAUGCCCCAUGCCAGAAAUCAUGCCCCACUCAAUUGGAUAUUAAAAGCUUUAUAACGAGUAUCGCAAAUAAAAAUUACUACGGAGCCGCUAAAGCGAUAUUUUCUGAUAAUCCUUUGGGUUUGACCUGUGGUAUGGUUUGCCCUACCAGUGAUUUAUGCGUGGGCGGUUGUAAUCUUCAGGCCACGGAAGAGGGACCUAUCAAUAUUGGCGGUUUGCAGCAAUUUGCUACAGAUGUUUUUCGUCAAAUUGGUAUCAAGCAAACAAAAUCAUCUUUUCAAAAGCAACCUAAACAACCGCACAAAAAAAUUGCUUUGUUAGGGGGUGGACCCGCUUCUCUAUCUUGUGCCACGUACUUAGCACGUUUAGGUUACAAAGACAUCACAAUUUAUGAGAAACGUUCUUAUUUAGGUGGUUUAAGUUCUUCGGAGAUCCCUCAGUACCGUUUACCUAUACAUGUUGUUAACUUUGAAAUACAAUUAGUUCAGGAUUUGGGAGUAAAAAUUGAAACUAAUCGGCAACUAUCCACAAAGGAUAUAACUGUGAAACAACUUUUGUCUGCUAAUCAUGUGGUGUUCUUGGGCAUUGGGUUGCCUGAACCUAAAACCCUGCGUAUCUUCGAGGGCUUAUCUGAGUCGAGCGGCUUCUACACUUCUAAAAGUUUUCUUCCUCGGGUAGCUGAUGGUUCUAAACCUGGGUUAUGUUCAUGUAAAGCCGACACCAUCUUACCUCAACUUUACGGCAAUGUCAUCGUUUUAGGUGCGGGUGAUACUGCUUUUGAUUGUGCUACAUCAGCGCUGCGUUGUGGCGCUAAACGUGUUUUUGUUGUGUUUCGUAAGGGCUCCUCUGGCAUAAGAGCUGUACCUGAAGAGAUAGAAUGCGCUCGCGACGAAAGAUGUGAAUUAUUGCCAUACCUGACACCGCGUAAAGUUUUGUUAAAUUACGGAAAAAUCGUGGGCAUGCAAUUUUGCCGCACUGAACAAAACGAAAAUGAUCUAUGGGUGGAAGAUGAAGAGCAAAUCACUGUCCUGAAGACCAAUUUUGUUAUAUCAGCUUUUGGUUCUGGCGUAUGGGACAAAGAUGUCAUUGCAGCCAUGGCUCCCGUACCAUUAACUAAAUCGAAUUUACCUAGAUUCAACCCAAAAACUUUAGAAACAUUAGUACCCGGUGUAUUUUGUGGUGGUGAUUUAGCAGGUACUGCUGACACAACUGUGGAAUCAGUUAAUGAUGGCAAGGUAGCUGCCUGGAGCAUACACUGCCAUUUGGAAGGUCUAUCCCCAAACUGUCCUGCACAGUUGCCAUUAUUCUAUACUCACAUCGACAAUGUAGACCUAUCAGUGGAAAUAUGUGGUUUAAAGUUUGAAAAUCCUUUUGGGUUGGCUUCAGCCCCACCUACUACAAAUGCAGCUAUGAUUCGUCGAGCUUUCGAACAAGGUUGGGCUUUUGCGGUGACUAAGACUUUCGGUCUUGACAAAGAUUUGGUAACCAAUGUUUCGCCGCGUAUUGUACGUGGUGUUACUUCCGGUUAUCACUAUGGGCCUCAACAGAGUUCUUUUCUAAAUAUUGAGUUGAUUUCAGAGAAGAAAUGUGAAUACUGGUUCCGUUGUAUAACUGAAUUGAAAAAUGAUUUUCCUUCUAAGAUCAUAAUUGCAAGCAUUAUGUGUCAAUACUCAGAAGCAGAUUGGACCGAUUUGGCAAGCAAGGCUGAAGCGAGUGGAGCUGAUGCUUUAGAAUUAAACUUAUCUUGCCCCCACGGCAUGGGUGAAUCUGGUAUGGGUUUAGCAUGUGGUCAAGACCCGGAGUUAGUAGAAAAUAUUUCAAAAUGGGUACGGAAAGCUGUAAAAAUACCGUUCUUUGUUAAACUUACUCCAAACAUUACCGACAUUGUGAGCAUUGCAAUUGCAGCUAAAAAAGGCCAAGCGGACGGUGUGUCCGCCAUUAACACUGUGCAGGGCCUAAUGAGCUUAAAGGCGAAUACUACACCUUGGCCAGCGGUGGGAGUGGAAAAAAAAACUACUUAUGGAGGAGUUUCCGGUAAUACUACCAGACCUAUGGCCCUGAGAGCAAUUUCCGCUAUUGCGAAUAAAUUGCCUGGUUUUCCUAUACUUGGUAUAGGUGGCAUUGAUUCAGGAGAAGUAGCUUUGCAAUUCCUACAAGCUGGAGCCAGCGUUUUGCAAGUUUGUUCUGCUAUACAGAAUCAGGAUUUUACUUUAAUCGAAGACUACUGCAGUAGUUUAAAGGCCUUGCUUUAUCUAAAAGCCAAUCCGCCCCCCGUAAAUGGCAGCGUUUGGGAUGGGCAAUCACCACCUACCCCAAAACAUCAAAGGGGCAAAAGAGUGCUACACUUAACAACAGAAAAGAACGAGAUUCUAGGUUUUUUUGGCCCCUAUCGGAAGCUAAGACAAGAGCGCAUAGCUAAAUUGCAUGAAGAAAAAGGGCCCAUGUGGCAAGUAGAAGAAAAUAACUGUAUGACUCAAGACGAUUGCUGUGCUGGUCCACAAGCUGCUCCGAAACUCUCAGAGGUAAUAGGAAAGGCAUUGCCCUUUAUAGGAAGCUAUAAAAGUUUGGACAACAAACAGCAAGCAGUGGCGCUUAUAGAUGACGAUCUGUGCAUUAAUUGCGGCAAAUGUUAUAUGACUUGUGCUGAUAGUGGUUACCAAGCUAUUAAGUUUGACUCUGACACUCACAUACCUCAUGUAACCGAGGAUUGUACUGGAUGUACCUUGUGCGUUUCAGUUUGUCCCAUUAUCGAUUGCAUCAGCAUGGUACCCAAGAUAUCCAAGCAUAUUGUUAAACGUGGUUUAAGUGAAGAAAAGUAUGUUCACGCCUUAACUCCUGUGCGUCAAAUGCUUUAAAUUCGUUGCGGUUGAUUUUAUUUUUGUAUUUAUUCCAAAAAUUUUAUAAGCAUGGCAUUCUCUGCUUUUGUAUAUUUGUAUAAAGAUUUUUACUUCAAUUAUUAAAUAGUUAAUCCUUACAGUAAAUUUUUGAUACCCACCAUCUCGUACAAAUAUCUAAUAAAAUUGUUGGACAGAAUGUCAGGUACUCAAUCGAUCAGUUUGUCUUAUAGUUAUAAUUUUUCACGUAUGCAUAUGUGCGUAUGUGCGUAUUUUUGUAUCUAAGGGAGAACAAAUUUAAUACAACUUUGUUCUUAUACGAUAGGUACAUUAGUAAGAUUUGAAUUAUAUAAUUAUUCCUUUAAUAGCAAUCGAAAUGGACAUAAAAGUCCUUAAAAUAUAUAUUCUGUGAUCAUCAGAAUCUUAUCAUCGUAGUAAAGUCAGUCGGACCACAAUUUCCAUAUUACAAAAUAAUGCUUACCAUUUUGGCGGAGAAGUCCAAAUCUUCUGAUUUUUCGGUUGAAACCCAAUGUUACAUAUUACACAAUUAUCAGCUACUUAUUUUACUAUUAU